CUCUGGUCAUGCCCUGCACUGUGUCCACAGUCUCUGGUCAUCUCCUGUACUAUAUCUGCAGUCUCUGGUCAUCCCCUGUACUGUGUCUUCAGUCUCUGGUCAUCUCCUGUACUGUGUCCGCAGUCUCUGGUCAUCCCCUGUACUAUGUCUGCAGUCUCUGGUCAUCCCCUGUACUAUGUCUGCAGUCUCUGGUCAUCCCCUGUACUGCUUCCACAGUCUCUGGUCAUCUCCUGUACUAUGUCCGCAGUCUCUGGUCAUCUCCUAUGUCUGCAGUCUCUGGUCAUCUCCUGUACUGUGUUUGCAGUCUCUGGUCAUUUUCUGUACUGUGUCUGCAG